AUGCGGUGGUGCACAGUGUCAGAUCCUGAACAGAGGAAGUGUGCAGAACUAGCUAAAGCUCUGGUGGCAGUGCUGCCGCCAGCUGCUGUGGCUGAUUUUGCCAGACUCUCGUGCAUACGAGCGUCCAGCACCACUGACUGCAUCGAUAGAAUCAGGGCAAACCGUGCUGAUAUAGUAACAUUAGAUGCAGGAGAAGUUUAUUCUGCUGUGAAGCAGUUUGGCCUUGUUGCAAUCGCCAAGGAGAUAUACAGUGACGGAGGCUGUAUUCUGUCUGUGGCUGUGGUGAGAAACAUCAGUUUGGAUAUAAGAUUCCUGCGGGGCCAAAGAAGCUGUCACAGUGGGGUCCGAUGGACGGCUGGAUGGAGUCUUCCACUCGGCUUCUUAUUGUCCCGCAACUACCUGAGCUGGUCAAAGGAGCAGCCACUCAGUCAGGACGUCAGUACCUUUUUCAGCGCCAGCUGUGUUCCCGGGGCUGCUGCCAUGGCAUCCCCUCUGUGCGCUUUGUGCCAAGGCCAGAAGUCUUACAUUCGCCAGAAGAAUUACCACUGCGAAACGUCCCACAGUGAGCCCUUCUACAACAGCCAAGGGGCCCUCAGAUGUCUCAGGAGUGGGACAGGAGAUGUUGCAUUUGUGGACCAUUUAGCUCUUGAAAGUAUUGAAGAUAGCGAUAGAGAUGAGUUCAGGUUACUGUGCACAGAUGGCACACAAGCUCCUCUCAGCCACUACAGAAACUGUAAUCUGGGACGUGGUCCAGGAGGCGGCAUGGUCACCAGAUUUAACUUUCGCAAGGUUGCUCGCAAAUUUCUCACGAUGGUGCAGACGCUGUUUGGUCAACGAGGAAGAGAUAGGCAGCGCUUCCAGCUCUUCAACUCCUCUUCUUUUGGAGAAAACGACCUUCUCUUCAAAGAUGUGACAGAUAAAGUAGCUGUUCUGCCAGAUGACAUGGAUGUCAGUCAGGUGCUGGGGCUAGAUUACGUGGCACUCCUCAAAGGUCUUGGACAUGAAGGAAGUUCACUGGAGGACAGUGUUGUGCGAUGGUGCUGUAUUAGCCAGGCAGAGCAGAAGAAAUGUGAGCAGUGGGCUCUCAGUAUAAAGUCAGACCCGCUGGUGUGUGUCAGAGCGGUCUCAUUGCGCGACUGUAUCGAGAAAAUCAAGAGGGACGAGUUGGACGCCGUCUCGCUGGAUGCAACUCACUCUUUCAUCGCAGGAAAAUGUGGCCUUGUCCCCGUGGUUACAGAAUAUUAUGGAGGAGAAUGUGUUCCUGCUGAGGUAUCAACCCACUUAGAGACAGACGUGUUGCCCUCGGUGUUGGGUGUGGCUGUGGCAAAGCGCUCCAACAAAAACAUAUUCAUCGGGAACCUCGGAGGCCGGCGCUCCUGUCAUGGCCACAUGUACAGUCCGGCAGGCUGGCUGCUGCCAUACAGACACACGUUAAGCCUGGAGCAUAACAGCAGCUCCCCCUGUGAUCCAAACCAAGUGUACAACGACGUGUUUUGGAAAGGCUGCCUCCCUGGCUCUCAGGGGAAUCUGUGUAAAGUGUGUCUGGGAGGCACAGGGGAGGCUGCCACCAAACGCUGCGCUGACAACCACAACGAGCGUUACUAUGGCAACAUGGGCGCGUUAAGGUGUCUGGUUGGAGAUCCCAGUGGUAAAAGCUACGGUGACGUGGCCUUCCUCGAGCAACACAACCUUCUUGCCAACAUCCUCAGUUUGAGUUCCACCGGUUGGGCAGAGGGGUGGACGUCAUCAGACUAUGAGCUGCUGUGUGGUGAUGGUCGUCGGGCCCCGUUGUCAGAGUGGGAGAGCUGUAAUCUCGGCGUCAUCCCACCGAACAUCAUCAUGACACGGCCGGUGCUCACGGCACGAGUAUACGACUUCCUCAUGAAGUCACAGGAAACUUUGGCAGCCAACCCAAAUGCAGAGUUCAAGCUCUUUGAGUCUCAGCAAUAUGGAGAAAGUGAUCUGCUGUUCAAAGAUGCAACUCAGUGUUUUGUUCACACAAGCCACAUGGACUACCGCUCCAUCCUUGGAGAGGAAUUUUACAGUCGCGCAGAAACUGCCUUCAACUGCACACGCUCUGAUAUCUUGGAGUUUUGUAAUCAGGACGUGUGCAGCAUAUUCUAAUGGACACGCAGAAGGAAACGUCACCUUUCUCUGUGCUACUCUGCAGUGGUUCAACACUUCAUCCACUAACUUGUUUCGUCCAUAUCUGAUGACUGAAUUCCUUUUGUAUUUUUAGACCUGAAAACUAAUUUCUGUCAUUACCACUGCAAAGUGCAAACAUAAAGCCUCACACAAAGAAGUUGAGAUAAUAGGCAGCAUUGAUACGAAAAGACAUGGAUACACUUGUAAAUAUAUGGAUCUAAUAUCCAUGUGUGUAGGAUAUGAAAAUAUAACCAUGUUAAAUUUUUACAUGCACCAAAUAUAUCCCUGUAUUUGUUAUUACAUAUGAAAGUGAGUGUAAGACUGGGGACCAUUAGAUAUAUGGGGAUGCCCUUUUAAAGCAAUGCUUAUUAAUAUUGUUCAUUAGUCUUAUAGCAGCUCUGAAAUGAAUGGCCUCAACCUUGGAGGUUUACACAUAUUUUAUUAAGGAUCUUCACACUUGUUUACAGAAUGUUUGAGAUUGAAGCUCACAGGAAGUGCUGCAGCUGAAUACAGCUAUGACUACUACAUUGUACUUUGUUUGUACAAAGUUUGUAACACAAUGUAUGUUUUGUACCAAUAUGUAAUGCAAGGUGUGUAAUGCAGGUAAGUUGGUGCAAAGUUUUUCAGUCAUCUUUUUUUCUAUAUUACCUGUGUCUGUGUAAAGUAAUAACUUGUAUAAAUAAUUUAAAGAUAUCAAAUCCUUUGGGGUACAAUUUGUCAUCAAGAAUCAAGGAUUUUCAUCUCACCUUAUAUAAUGGUAUGCAAAUACCAAUACAAAAUUUAUCACAAAAGAAUAACAGGGAUUUUAUGAUUU